GUGUGUUUGUCAUCCUAGUGUGAAGUACUGACUCCCUGCCUCCGAAAAAGGGAUUUUUCUCUCUCGUUCGAUCACGUCUGUUGUGGUCCAGCAUCAUACUGAGAGGAGAGCGUCGGGGAUCCUUAACAUCUGCUGCGCUCCUGCUUGGAUCUGUGUGGAUACGAGACUAAACUGGCUUCACCGACGAGUGGAUACUUACAAACAAAACUAAUGUACCAUCUCUCCGACAUGAGAAAUGGAAUACUGAUAUACUAAAUGUUUCCUGUUUGGGGAUCCCGUGGCAGAAAUGCGUGCAAAUCCACAGGUGAAAAAACCGAUGCGCUAAUUUGAUUCGUUCCAGCUGUGAUUUCUCGCAUCAGAUUUGAGGAACUAAACUGGCAAGGUAAAAGAGGGAUUGAAGGAUAUGGCCAUAAUCUGGAUAUCGUUACUCUUGCAAGUAGGAUUUGUUAUAGGAUCAAAUUAUAGACAUGUGGAACAAGAUCGGGACGUAAUUGCAAAGCUGCCCAUUUAUAACGCGCACAACAACCAGCACGCGCAUCUCCGGAAGCCUCACUCGGGUUUAGCGCAGAAGAUUGAGGACCAGGUACCGAAAGUGGUGACUGCGUUUCUACACAGUGGGGAUUCCUCCACCUUAAAACACGCCAACUGCUCCAGGAGAUAUGAGCUGGGGGUACUGCGGGGAAGGACGCACGGAGACGCGCAUCACUCGAUGCGCGGCGUGCUGGACACUGUUGUGCACGCUACAAACUUCCUAAACAUGAUUUUGCAAGCCAGCCGAGAUCUGAGCCCCAGACGUGACAUUGAGUGGUAUCACGCUCUGGUGAGGAGUAUCCUGGAGGGAGACCCAAAGAUUCACAGAGCUGUGGUCUCCUUGAGCGCAGGGACUACACAUGAAGAGCCACCUGUUUACCUUCAGGCCACUCGGGCAGGUGGAGAGAUCAUUCUCCAGGAUUUAUCCAGCAGCGCCCAGCAUAUUUUGAAAAACAGAACGGCAGAUACCGAAUGGUACCACGAGCAUAAGAAUAAAAAGAAGACCAAUCUUCAAAGACGUGUGCUAAGUCAAGAUUUUGUCUCGUUUGACGCCUCCGUGCGCAAUGGAGAAAGUUAUAUCACCGACAAAACUCAGAUUCAUUGGUCUGCCCCUUAUUUAGAGUGCGAGAAUGGAAAUUUCAAUCCCAGGUGGCUCUUGACACUGUCUUCUGGCUUCUAUGGACUUAAGCCCAACCGAAGUCCUGACUUCAGGGGUGUUGUUCGUGCGGAUGUCAGUCUGCAGGAUGUGGACAUUGAUCAGUGCUCUUCAGACGGCUGGUUUGCAGGAACACACAGGUGUAACGUCACAACUAUGGAGUGUCUGCCCAUCCCAGGUCAUGGAUUUGUGCUGGACAAAUAUAAAUGUCAUUGCAAAAGCGGGUUUUACCAUCCAAACAGAGUUGCAGUCAAUAGCUUCAAAAGAAAAUCAAGUGGGAAGGGUAUGGCGGGGUUGCCACAUCACAGGGAUCUUCCAGAAGGUUCCAGUCUGUGUCUGCCCUGCCAAGAGGGCUGUGCUUUCUGUAAGGACGACACGCCUUGCGUGGCACAGGGAGACGGCGUCCUGCGAAUGGCGAUUCUCUCCUUCCAGGGACUUUGCAUGCUGGUGGACUUCAUCAGUAUGGUGCUCCUUUACCAUUUCCGCAGGAGCAAGAGUAUCAGAGCGUCAGGACUCAUCCUGCUGGAGGCCAUCUUGUUCGGAGCCCUGCUUCUGUACUUCCCGGUAGUGAUUUUAUACUUCCAGCCGAGUGUUUUCCGCUGUAUACUGCUGAGAUGGGUUCGUCUUCUCGGAUUCGCCACGGUGUAUGGAACGGUCACCCUCAAACUCUACAGGGUCCUGAAGGUCUUUCUGUCGCGAACAGCCCAGCGGAUCCCCUACAUGACCAGCUGGAGGGUGAUGCGUCUUCUGUGCAUCAUCCUUCUCAUUGUUAUAUGGUUCGCAAUUGCUUGGACCUCGGCUGUUUGUCAAAAUCCAAACAGACAUCUCGCUCUCAUCACUGUGGGCUUCACCACUGAUGAUCUACAGUUCAGCAUGUGUCUACUGGACCGCUGGGACUACAUGAUAGCUGUGGCUGAGUUCCUCUUUCUGCUGUGGGGUGUGUAUCUGUGUUACGCGGUGAGGACCGUCCCCUCGGCAUUUCAUGAGCCGCGCUACAUGGGCAUCGCACUGCACAAUGAACUCAUCCUUUCUGGAAUAUUUCAUGUUAUAAGAUUUACUCUUGCUUCUGAACUGCACCCAGACUGGAUGCUGAUGCUAUUCUUUGCUCACACACACUUGACAGUGACCGUCACUUUGGGAUUACUGCUUGUGCCAAAGUUCUUGUUUGCGGGCACACAUAUAAGGGAUGACAUUGCUACAGAGGCCUAUGAAGAUGAACUGGACAUGGGACGGUCGGGGUCAUACCUGAAUAGCAGCAUUACGUCUGCCUGGAGUGAGCACAGUUUGGACCCAGAGGACAUUCGGACACCUGAGGAAAUGGGCCAGCUAAGUUCUAUUAAUGGCUGUGGCAUAAGGUCUUGCGAAAGUCUUUGGGAAAAACGUACCAACGAAGAACUGAAGAAACUCUAUUCUCAGUUGGAAAUUUAUAAGAGGAAGAAGAUGCUGGCCAACAAUCCUCACCUGCAGAAGAAGCGCAGCUCCAAGAAGGGCCUAGGACGUUCCCUCAUGAGACGCAUCACGGAGAUCCCAGAGACGAUGGGCCGCCAGUGCAGCCGUGACGACAAGGACCUGGGUGAACAUGGAAGUAACCGCAACAGCAUCUGUGUGCUGAGGAAGAACCCUUUUGAACCAUCGCAUUCUGUAAAGCCCGCUAAAGAAGAGUCCUUGAAGAGCAAGGUUUUCUCCCUCAAAAAAUCCCACAGCAGUUAUGACCACGUUCUCGACCACAGCGAAGAUUCUACUAGCUCUGUAAUGGACAAGAUGGAAGUGGCAACCACAGAGGGCACUCUGCUCGAGACCCUAAUGGGUAAGAAGUUGGUCAAGAAGUCUUCUGAGAAGAUCGAUGCAGCCAGUGAGUCAACAGAAUCAGUUCCCUUGGUGUGCAAGUCAGCCAGUGCCCACAACCUGACAGCUGAUAAGAAACCAAUUCAUCCGAGAACAUCCAUGCUGCAGAAGUCUCUAAGCGUUAUUGCCAGUGCCAAAGAGAUGACACUUGGUUUAACUGGAAAGGCCCAAGCAGUAGAGGAUCCAACUAAGAAAACGAAUCAAAAGAAUAAGGAUGCCAAGUCCCCUGCUGAAACUGAAGAACAGGAAGGUUAUCCAAAGAUGAUUGCCAGUCAGUCAGUGGAGUACAAGCAAACACCUGCCAAAACAGGUAUAAUGAAGCAACAGAUGAGCGGCAGUCAACCAUCCAUCUGCUCAGAACCAACUAAGGGGAAAGACUUGUAUGACCUAUCAGAGGUCUGCCCUUGGGAGGUGGAGGACCUGCCCACCCCCUCAGAAAACAAGGUCCAGAAACAUGUGUCCAUUGCACCAGUGCAGAAAACUACAGUACAUGGAAGCAGCAACAAGGUGACAAAGCACCAACAGCAGAAACAGAAAGGUAGCGAGCAAUCGGCCACUUUCACCAGGCAUCCAAACCAGAAGGUCAUUGAUCUUACUGACAUAUGUCCUUGGAAUGAAGGAAACGAUGUCCAUGGUCAGGCAAGGGGGUCGAAACCCUCAUCCAACAGUAAGCCUGCCAUAUCCCAACCUCAAACAUCCGGAGGGGUCCCCAAGGCUCCAAGAGCCGAUGCCUGUCCAUGGGACACUGAGGAGGCUUCGAGCAAGCCAAAGGACUCUGCUUUCCCCUCUGAUCACAGCAGACCUAAAAAGGGCACCACACCAACUGAGAUCAAGGGCCAAUUAAGUUCCUCACCUGCUGCAGUCAAGGGCAGAAGCACAACACCUACAGAGGGCAAACCAAAGACUCUGUUUGAGCCCACUAAAUCCACAGGCAGCUCGCUGCACCCACCGACAAAGGCAGAUGUGUGUCCAUGGGACUUUGAAACUGUCACUGAAAAGACCCCUUGUUCUUCUCAGGUUCAUAAAGUGAAGGAGACCCACGCUAUAAAGAAGGGAAUAUUAGAUAAAGGAAACGAGAAGGCACAGGGUGCAGUCGAUGAAACAGGAAAAUCACAAGCAAAAGAAAAUCUCACCUCUGGCAAGACUAAAGAAAGACCCACCAGUCAGAUUAAACUGGCAGAGGUUUGCCCAUGGGAUGCUGAUAGUAGUCAGGAAACUGUCUCGGAGGAUAAACAAAAAAAAAGUCCAAAUGUUGCUAUAGCAAAAGGUAAGCAAGCAGAUGUAUGCCCUUGGGAUUUUGAUGAUGCAGCAACUAGUAAAGAAGCUAAGAUAAGCACUGCAUCAUCUGCUGGGAAACAGAAAAGUCCAAAUUCCAAAGGCAGAGUUACAAGUGGUGUCAAAAUGUCCGACGUCUGCCCUUGGGACUUUGAUGACCAAACAUCAACAAAAAAGGUGUGACACUUUACCUGAGUGAACCAUUAGUUAGUCCUCAAUAUAUGUGAUCUUUUGUUCAUAAACACACAGUGAAAUAUAUCAACUUUAAUAGAAGUUGAAAUAGAAAUGGUGUCUCGGAGAAGGAAAUCAACAAGUUGCCCAAGCUGCCUUUCUCUUCAACAUUUUGUUUUCCUUUGUGUUUUUUGGAAUAAAAGCGAAAACAAAACAAACAUGCAACAACUCACCAGGCAUUCCAGAUUCUAAAGUAUUUGUUGAACCUUUAAAUAGAAAUUGUAGUUUACAAUUAUGCAACUCUUUAUGUGCAAUGUAAAAAAUAACGAUGCCUAUACUCAUCACAUAUAUCCUCAUUAACUCUCUUAAUAGCUGCAUCUGUAGCCUCUCCUUGACUCUGGAUUCCAUAAAAGAUUGUACCUGUUACAUAGGAAGGUCUUUAUCUGGGCCAUGCAUGAAGUGUCAUGGAGUUAGCAUGGUCCAUGUACUUUACCUUUUGUUUUUCUUUCACAUUUUAUGGUUUGGUUUGCUCAAAAAUGAAUACUUGCCAAAGAUAGAGGUAACAUCCAAUAAAUCCAAGAACUUAAACCUCAACCGCGUAAUAGAGAGAAUACAUCAGAAAAGUUCAUUUGCAAAAACAACUAUUAGUUUCUCAUAAAUCAUACUAAUUCAAAAUAUUUGAUUAUGUUUUCUCUCUGUUUUAUUUAUGUGUUUAUUAUUUAUUAAUUGAGGUAUUAUUACUUUAUCAAAACAACCCUACUGCCAUUUGAUUGAUAUUAAUUGGAAUGCUCAAUAAAAACAGUUUUUGCAAUGGAACUCUUCAUAUGUACAGUGAGCCGAACUCAUGAAGCUGCUGGGAGAACUAGCCUGUAGCACUUUAGUACAGAACAUACAUGGAAAGACAGAUAAAUGGACAUAACAGCAUUCAUAUUUUCCCUAGUUUGUCUUUUUGACAUUGCUGUUUUUUGUGCACAUCUGCCACACUUUAAUUUUAGUUUUCCUAACUAAAAAAAGACAUUUCUAAUGCUUCCAAAUUUGCUGGUAUAUUAUCCUGAAUGUGCCUACUUAAAUAGUCCUGUACCAGUCAUACUUUGUAAAAGGAGAUGGAAAAAACUUUCUCAUAUCUCAUGUUACACAUACCGAAUAAAACACUUGAUGGGAAUCAGCAUCUUAUUUUUGAAAAAAAAGAGAGAUUUAAUUUGUAUAUUAGCAAUGGUGCAAUAUUGAAAAUGCGUUUUGAAUGGGGAACAAUAAAGAAAAAAUGUCCAAUACUCAGUUUACGGGACCAUAGAAUAUUUUUUCUUUCCGCGUAGGGCACAAUCAUGAAGGUUUCACUCGUCUUUGCCUCUAAUAUUUUUCUUGUUUACAAUUAGGCCACUCAGACCUAUAAAACAUAUCAAAUUCCAUUCUGUCACAAACCUCAAGCACACAUCUGGUACCUUUCAUUUUAAUGGUGAUUACAUCAGAUAAGUUACAGGUAUAAGCUUUAUUUAUUUGUAUAAUUAUGAAUUAUGGUUUCAACAUUGCAUCUUAAUUACUGUUGGAAUGUGAACGUAGUGUCUUGUAUGCCUUCCUAGCACACGGUCAUUUGUAAUGAUGUCAAAGUAACAAUUGUGUCAACACAUGAGUGGGACCACACAGAAUCUGCAGAUUUUUAGCCUUUUGUGGCCAAAAUUUUGGAAAAGUGGACUGUUUGUGGAUUUACAUUGAAUGGAUUUAAAUUAUAAAUAUCUAAUGGAGCUUAUUGAUGGCAUCAGUCAUAAUAAAAAUUAUCUAAAAUAUAUGUUUGUAUAAAUAUACCAUUUUAUAUGCAAGAUAUAUGUAUGUAAACAUGAGUACAACUUUAAAGGAUAAUGGAGUUCUGUGGGAAUCUGUGGAGAUUCCAUGUGGACCUGCACAUGAGGCUUGUACAACAUGACGCCUAGUUCUGCUUACAUGUGAAAUGUCCAUAUAAAUGUUGCUUUCACAUAUUGCGAUUAUGAACCUGAUCCUGAAGACCCAGUCCUGCAGUAACUAAAUGUCAUGAGAGAUAUUCUUGUUCUGUAACACAAUGAAUAAGCAAGAAUACAGAGGAAGCAUUCAACCAUGUGUAUGUGUUAUUUGUACCAAAGAGGUUAAAAAUGUACCUAUAAAGUAUCAUUCUUGACAUUCUGUGAAAGAAUCCGAUGAUGUCAAAUUUCUGUCUCUCCACAGUGGGGUAAAUCUACCAAUAAGUCACGAUUUAAAAGAAAUGUUUUAAAACUCUUCUGCCCAUCCUAGUACUUAUGUUGGAGGGGUAAAAGGUGUUGAAAAUUUUUAAUUUAUACCAUAUUUAUCCCACCAUACCCUUUCAGAAAUGAGGAUCAAAUAAGUAAUUUUCUUCUUUUGUUAAUAUUUCUAAUUGAUUUAGUUCGGGUGAAAUGUUUUAGAGUGAGACCAACUCGCUUGUGCUACAAAAUGUUACAGAAUAUAUCAAAUCUCACUCAAAUCACAGUAGAAAUAUUAUUUACAAUUCUUCAUUUACUAAUAAUAACUUCAAAAACUGUAAAAGUAACAUUUUAUCAGAUCUACAUGAUUGAAAGAUGCAAAUGUGCUGUAGGAACGACCAAUGUAGUCCCUACAAAAGAGAGAACCAGAUUUAUUAUUUAUUUAUAUAUUAAGUAUGCAUUCCUUUUUUUAGAAUGGAGAAUUUCUGUUACUCUCAUCAGGAUUUUUUUUCAAGGAUACACAAAUCUGUUUAAGGGCCGCUCACCAACCUUGUUCUGCUGCCCCUUAACCGUGUAUUCAUCCGAUACUCUAAUGAGAACAAAACCUUUUCCAGAGUCUGUUAUUAAUGUAUGCUUAUAUGGAUGUAAAAUUGACCAACUUUGUUAUUUAGAGAAUGUUUCUGGGAAUGGUUGUUGUAUCAUAGUGCAUCCCACUAGUUUACAAGUUUUAUCCAUCUGCAACUGCUCAGUUGAUCUCUAUUAGUAUGAUAUACACCUAACCCAUGACUUGUUAAUGGUAAUCUUUCAUUGUCUUAGUGCAAUAUUUAGUUCAGUUUUACUGAAGUGUUUUUUUUACGAAUUAAUUUUAGUUUAGCUUGUUUAUACUUGGGCGUGUCCCAUCACCGUUACGUGUCAGGGGCAUUCCUACUACUUAAAGCGGUAUUGUCUUAGCUCUUACUCUCGUUGCUUCUGCAUGAAAAUGAGAAAUUAGUAAGACUGAUGUAUCACUGCCCUUGAUAAAACUUAAUCUUUGAUCUUUAUUGGACUGUUACGAGUUGUAUAGUGAGUGAAGCUGUACCCUACCCACUGUAUUAUGUGCUUGUUAUAUUAAAUGCUCUAUGACAAGCUUAUAGCAUAACACAUAUGGAGAUAUUUGGUAGAUUUAUAUUGUGUAACAUUGUGAUAGCAUGUACAGAAAAAAUACCU